AUGACGCUGUUUAUCCUCACCGAAACCAGCGCGGGUUAUGCCCUGCUCAAGGCCAAAGACAAGAAGCUUUUGAAGAGAGAUGAUCUGGCUACGGAGGCUGCGACGGCAGAGGGUGUUUCGAACCUUGUGAAAUUGAAGAGUUUCCAGAAGUUCGACAGCGCUGCUACAGCCCUGGAGGAAGUUGCUUCUCUUGUUGAGGGCAAGGUCACCCCUCGUCUUGCCAGCCUUCUUGACGAGGUCAAGGAUGAGAAGAAGGUCUCUUUGGCCGUUGCGGACCCGAAGCUUGGAAAUGCCAUUGGCAAACUUCCCGGUCUCGAUAUCCAACUUAUCGCCGACUCGACCACCACUGAUAUCUACCGUGCUAUCCGUGAACAUCUCCCCACAUUAAUCCCAGGCCUCGCCCCUCAGGACAUGUCCACCAUGUCUCUGGGUCUUUCCCACUCCCUUGCCAGACAUAAGCUGAAGUUCUCUCCCGAUAAGAUUGAUACUAUGAUUGUACAAGCCAUUGGUCUGCUGGAUGAUUUGGAUAAGGAGCUCAACAACUAUGCUAUGCGUGUGAAGGAAUGGUACGGCUGGCACUUCCCUGAGCUGGCUAAGAUUCUCAACGACAACCUGGCCUAUGCGAAACUCGUUCUGAAGAUGGGCAUGCGCACUAACUGGGAGUCCUCUGAUCUCGCCGAGAUCCUACCCGAGGAGCUUGAGGGCUCUGUCAAGGCUGCCGCGGACCGCUCCAUGGGUACUGAGAUCAGCGAGGAGGAUCUGGAGAACAUUCAGGCUUUGGCUGAGCAGGUUGUUGGCUUCACGGAGUACCGUCAGCAACUUGCCGGUUAUUUGACCGCCCGUAUGAACGCCAUUGCGCCUAACUUGACUGCUCUUGUUGGCGAAUUGGUUGGCGCCCGUCUCAUCGCUCACGCCGGUAGCUUGACCAAUCUCUCCAAGAGCCCCGCCAGUACCCUCCAGAUUCUUGGAGCCGAGAAGGCCCUUUUCCGUGCCCUGAAGACCAAGCACGACACCCCUAAGUAUGGUCUCAUCUACCACGCCUCCCUCAUCGGCCAGGCUACUGGCAAGAACAAGGGUAAGAUGGCCAGAGUUCUCGCUGCCAAGGCCUCUCUUGGUAUCCGUGUGGAUGCCCUUGCUGAGUGGGAUGAGGAUGCUACCGAGGAGGAUAAGGCUGCCCUGGGUAUAGAGGCUCGUUUCAACCUUGAGAGGAAGCUGGCUGGAAUGGAAGGCAAGCCCCUUAAGCCCCGCGGUGUGACCAUUGCUCCCAACGGUACACCUGCACAGGCCAAGAAAUUUGAACUCAACGAGGCCAGGAAAUACAACGCUGAUGCCGAUGCUGUUGAUGAGCCUUCUUCUGCCAAGAAGCAGAAGAAGCUUGUUGAAGAGGUCCAGGAUACCGAGAUGGCCGAUGCUGAUUCGGAUGCAGAGGCUGACUCAUCUGAUGAGUCGGAAGAGGAAUCGAGCAAGAAGAAGUCCAAGAAGAGCAAGGACGCUGACCUUGAGAAGAUGGCCGAGAAGGCCGGAUUGAGCCUCAAGCGGUACAAGCGCAAGCUUGAGCGCGGAGAGAUCGAGUUCGAUGCCGAAGGCAACCCUAGCUCAAUCAGCAAGAAGGAUCUGAAGAAGGCCAAGAAGGAGGCCAAAAAGGCUGACAAGGGCGAGGAGAAGAAGCGCAAGCGGUCCGACGACAAUGAGGACAACGAGAAGAAACAGAAGAAGAAGAAGAAGAAGGACGAGUAA